AUGGUGCUACCGACUGUCCAGCUUGCCGCGGGGCUGCUCCUGCUGGUAUACCUGCUAUCCUUUGUGCUAUUCGCUUUCAUUCGCGUAGUCACCGGUGUGUCUAUCCAACGACUAGGUGUAUCUGGGCUCCGCCGAAUAGCUUUCACGCCAAAAGAUGGCUUACGCAUCGAAGUACGGGGCCUCGGCCUUACCCUCCAUCGUCCGACCUUUGCGCAGCCCACGUGGCUCAGCAUCGUACUUAGCGAACUUACUGUGACCGUGGAUCUGAAAACUUUGGGCGACAAACCGCGGAAAAAGAGCGCUUGGGCAAAAUGGGCGAAUGGUUCGGCAGACAAGAAGGACGAGAAGAAGACGCCAGAUAUUGCAGUGGAUGGGGAAGACACAGGGGACACGGCCGACGAGGACAGCCAGAGGAGCCGGACUUGGGAACGUUUGACCAAUGUCAAGGAGCGGAUUAAGCGUCUGCAUCGCAAAAUAAAAUGGAUCAAGAUGGUGGACUUGGUAGCAACAACAAGCACGCUGGCCAUUGUAGACGUUGGUUCGCUGCAGGUCGGCAGUUUCACCAUGGCUGUGGAUACGCGCCGCAAGACGGUCGACCGGAGUCGCCUCUUCAAUCACCACAAGCCAAAGCAAAACAACGAGCAUCGGCCCGCCGAGUGGCUCUUCACCGUUCGCAGCAUCCUGUUCACUCCGGAGGGCGGGGAGUCCUUGGAAAUCCUUGACCAAUGCACACUCAAUGUCCACGGCAUGCUGUACAAGGAACUGGAUGGCUUGCGUGAUGCUUCCAUUGCCCUGAAGCUGGGUCGGCUGAGCAUUCCAUACGACGAAGUCAAGCUCUGUGUAGAGCGGGCCAAGAAGUGUCGUGCCGCUGCACCCAUUAGGCACGCAAGGUCCAACACAUCGCUUGGAGACGCUUUCCGGGAGCUUGGCCAAUCUACAAGCCCCGAAGAAGAAAUUGUACGCACCGUAGCCGACUCGCGCGAAUUCGCCAGUUCUAUCCUUCGCGGUAUACAAGAAUUCCAGUUUGCUAUAAGCCUGUUCGGCCUGACUAGGCGCAUCAAUAUUGGCUCAGGUUCUGAUCCUCCUGUGUACCUAAACAUGUCCAUGAAGGAAGUCAGCAUCGACCUACUUCGUCUCGAUCCUCGAAGCCCCGCCCAUCUUAUGUACUUCUCACCUAAUGACAUUGCUCACCAAGCUCUUCUUGCUGCAAUCUCCAUCUCAGUUGGACUUGACGAUGGACAAGGUCACCCCGAACGCCUUCUCUACAUUCCUAUGGCCACCAUGACGCUCAAUACGACACUGCCCUCCAAGACUAUUCAGUUCUCUAAAGACAAGAAUGUGGCCGAGCGGAACACCAACAUACUGUUCGCCAACCUUGUCAUCACGUCCCCGUCCGUCGACCUUGACCCUAAACAUCUACCAAUAUUACUUGCCAUGACUCGCAACUACGAAAUGCGGCGAAAGCCUCCUAAUAAAUUGCGGGAUCGAAGACGCAUGAUCCGCAGGUUAUUGCCCAAAGCCAGCAUUAAACUAUCUAUUCAUGAACCGGUCAUUCGCGUGACCUUGCCUCCUACCGAAUCGACGAAGAAGGAUACUGAUGAGUUUGACCUCCUUAUCUCAGCGUCUUCGUCGGUUUCACUGGACAUGGAAUCUUCCCAUGCGGCCGAUGCUGAAUUGCACUAUGGUAUCAGUUCAACUUUCCGCAUCAAUUCGCAACGACUUUAUUACCAGACCGCUUCUAGCGACAAGCACAACCUGCUGUUAACGGAUCAUGUCGAGCUCAAAAUGCAACUCAGCGCUUCACCUGACCCUGUUGUAGUCGUCAAUGGAAACUUACAAACGUUCUCUGUCUUCAUCGUGCGCUCGGAAAUCAGCGAAGGUCUACGCCAAAUCGUGGCUCAAGCCCAAAAAGACGUGCAGCGAAGGCGCGGUGGGCCUCGAAAGAGGGGUUUGAACUUCUUACGACGAUUGCCCUCGUGGCUAUCUCAUAUACAGCUUCAGGGCUCUGACUUCAACAUCGAAAUUGCAGGCGUCGACCCGGAGGUGUCAAAGCAUGCUAGGGGUAUUGGUCUGCACCUAGAGUCUUGGACUGCAGAGUACCGACAAAGCAAAGGCGACGGCAGUGAAGCCCGCCCCAUCCGCAGGCGGGCCGCAAGUCGGACAGUCAAUCGGGAUGAAUACAUCCUACGACCGACAACGCCGUCUUCACCAAAAUCUCCCCGAAAACCAGGUGAUCCGACUGAUGGCAGACGACUUGCCGUCCAUUUGCAAGGCUUUGAAGGCUUCGUAUUGGAAGCUGACGAUCAAUGGGAGGCCGAUCCGUUUCUGGCUUUUCCUCGGAUGGAAGUCGCUUGGAGUACAUCCACAGACAAGCAAGGGCCCAUUUUCCACGUCCACUCUUUCUGUCAGAGUUUGUUCUUCCAUUACUCGCUAUACAGGCAUUUCGCUAUGGGUGUCGCCACCAUGGUACUGAAGCACUCCUUCAAUGUGGCAUUUGCUGGACAGGAAGAGCAAGCCCCAGUAUCACCGAGGACGCCCCACCACCUCAAGAUACCUUCAAUGGACGGCGACGAUAUCGAUCCCGAAACAGGGCUGAAGCGGGAAGCUCUGACUUUGGACGUCAAAGCGAAUUUCAUGCAGUUCAAGGCAGACAUGCCGGCAGAUCCACCGCUUAUGGUACACAUCUAUGGUCUCGAGGCUGGCCGACAUAGAUGGACGAAUCCGUUUCUUCGUGCGCGGCUUGUGAGGCUAUAUGCAGAAAGCCCUCAUGUGAAGCGAGUGUGGAGUCGUAUCGUCAGUGUCAAAUCUUUGCGAAUGGACUAUCGCAAGUCAAAGAGAAGAUAUGGAAACACAAUCACUGAGGAUAAAUCCUUUGAUAUCGUUGCAGAUGCUAUCCGCAUCGCCGUUCCACAUCAACUGGUUAUGCAUAAGAUAUUUGACAAUAUUGCCAACGUUGCCAAGACCAUCAAACAGCUUCACUUCCGGUUUAGGACCGGUUCUAACAAGUAUGUUCUAAACAAGGAGCCUGAAGGGCCGAAACAUGUGCCGAAGAUCUCCCUUCGAAGCCGGGCUGUUCUCUUCGAAAUUGAGGAUGGCUCAUUCGAAUGGAAGCUGGGAGUGAUAUAUCGAUAUGGUCUAAUGGAACAAAAGCAACGACUUGCUCGAGAGCAAGCGUUUGACCUGAAGGUAAAAAAGCUCCAUCAAGAGGAAGAACGACGGGGAAAUACUCGCCAGCGCGCUAGGUCUGCCCACACGCAUCGGGGACGGAGUAAGGUACGGAGGAAGGAUACUACGCUUCGCAGUAAGACUGAAGACCAGAGCGAUCCUGGAUCCCCGGAUUCUGCGCGUAGACGUGGUUCGGAUCAUCCAAUGCGUUACGACAAAGAUGGCUAUACUGGCCUCAGCAGCAAAGCGCGUACCAGUAUUGAAGAAGCACGCGAGAAACUCAAUCGUCUCAAUGCUCAGACAUGGAGGAAGCGUAUCGAUCACGCUCUAACAUGUCAGACUCGCUCCAUGGGCGAUAUACGCUCGAUAUUCUGGGGUCUCGAUGAAGUUCCGGAUGAUGCGUACUCGAAAGAAACCAUCAUGGCUAUCCCACACCGGCCUGCACUUGGCAGCCUCAUCGUCAGCGAUCUGGAUCUCACCAUCGACAAACCUUCAUUUGCCCUGUCGGAGUAUCCCAAAUUCCUACACAGGGUAGGGAAAGGCAUGCCUGUUGACAUGCAAUACUCGCUUCUCGUCCCGAUGCAUGUACAGCUGAACAUGGGCGAGGCCAAAAUCCAGCUUCGCGACUACCCGCUUCCGCUACUCCAUUUCCCAGCUUUGCGACCUUCGCAGUCAUCUAGACUGCCUAGCGUUUCUCUGAAGACUGAUUUUGUCAUUGCAGAAGAGUUCAGAGACAUGGAAUCUACGAGAGUGUGUAGAGUAGUCGUGGUUCCAGAGGAACAUACCUCAUCCGGUGCAAAGACUGGCGGUUUCGAGGUCGACGUCCGGCGGACAGUAGCACCAGUCAAGACAUACUCAGAUAUGAAGAUUGAUAUCAACUCGUCACAUCCGACGCGCAUCACUUGGGGCACAUCGUACCAACCUGCGAUACAGGAUAUGAUGCAGGUCAUUGAAAAUUUCACCAAGCCUGCUGUUGAUCCUUCAGAGAGGGUCGGUUUCUGGGACAAGAUUAGACUCACCUUCCAUUCGCGUAUCAACGUGUCGUGGAAAGGCGACGGCGACGUUCACCUAAUCCUCAAAGGCUCUCGCGAUCCUUACAUGGUCACCGGUCAUGGCGCAGGGUUUGUCAUGUGUUGGCAGAAUGACGUACAACUGAGCCUUGCCGAAGACGAGGAUCCACGAAACUUUUUGGCCGUCAACAGCGGUAGCUACGUACUAGCAAUACCAGAUCUCGGCCACUAUGCACGUCAAGAAGCCGAAUUAGAACAACCCACUACUCACUUUGAGGGGUCGUCUAGCAUUUCUAGCUACAAGCAGCUUGCAAUCUUCAAGAAGACCAUCAUGAAACUGAACGGCAAUGUCCGCUGGGUAGCUGGAUUGGUCUUUGAGCGGAAUCUCGAUGGAGGUGGUAGAUCGUUCGAGUUCAGCCCACAUUACGACAUUGUCUUGAAGCAUCCGACGCAUGCUCAUCCGAGCGAUGGCAAGGCGUAUGAUGCGUUCCGUGGGUUCCGAAGUCAUCACAUUCAUAUGUCUAUUGCCAUCGCAGCUCCCCACGACCGCGAGUGGUCCGUUGGUAAUCUGGAACCCUCGAAAACAUACAACAGCGUCCAUCUUACUCCACGUUUCUUCACACACUUCUACAACUGGUGGUCCAUGUUCUCAGGUGCCAUGUCUCUGCCUAUCAGACAAGGUGCACUGUGGCCAGGAAUUGAAAAGUCAAGCAAGAAGUUUGGCCGACAUCUGGCAACCAUCAAGUACAACCUUUUACUUUCGCCAUUGUAUAUGAGUCAUGUAUACAAACAUAAAGAUGCGGAAGAUUACGGAAGGGGUGAUGUUGCUGCCACUGGGCUGAAGGCGCGCCUAGACAGCUUCAUGCUCGAUUUGCAUCAGCGGCGAGAGGAGUUCAGGACCAUUGUACAGGCACCUAAGGCACAAGAAGACAGCAAGCAAAACCAAACGACGGGUAUGCGGAUUAAUCAGGUUCAACUUGAUCUAAUAAGGACCGACGUUCGUGCUGUUUCGGCAAGAAUUGGCGGUACAGCAGAAGAUGAUGUAGAAAAUGCCAACGCCGAGACGAUUGCGGAUUACAAUCAAGAGAACGCCAGAGCAGAUUUGUCCAAAUUUACCAUUCCGGAUAACGAUUGGGGCUGGGUGGACAUGGACGACUUUGUGGAACUGGGAUGGGUUUUACCUUCGGAGCAUAACCCAGAAACGCAGAUCCUACCAUUAGCCUUUGCUCCGCGCUUUACCUACUUCCGCCAGACCGACCACGCAGACAACAUAUCUGGAGAUCCUCACCGCACAAGCCCCUUCGGAAAGGAGCCAACACAUCACUGUGUGAUGUCCGCUCGCAACGACCCACGCCGAGUGCAGUGCUACCUCAUUGAGCAGCGGAUCCAGCGCGUAAAAGAGCAAACAGCGCACAACGAACGCGCCAUCGGUGAUCAUGAGCUGAAGAUAAUUCGCGAACCCGAGAAUCAGGAAGAUCUACGCCACCAGCUGUCCAUUUUGCAAAAUCAUGCCGAGUUUCUGAGAAGGAAAAUGAACUUCCUGCAUACGAUGCAUCACAGCUUGAUCGAAAGAUUGAAGUCAGGCGACAGACACGCUGUACCAAAUGGAGCGGACGAGGGAGAAGAUGAGUACUACGAAGCACGUGAGGAUUACGAUGGAGCAGAGGGUGGCGCUAAACCUUCGGAAGGCGCACAGCAUGCCGACUAUAUCAGCGAUUUCAACAACCGCUUCAUCAUUCAUAACGUGCAUUUGAAGUGGAACAACUCCCUCCGCAACAUCAUAUUGCGUUACAUACACCAAGUCAGCCAGCGCCGUGGUUUUGUAUACUACAUGUCGCGAAGGGCGGUCAAGUUCAUUCUAGACAUAGUGGAGGAGCAAGACAAGUUGCGAAAAUCCUCGUCUACACCCGGACCCGAGCAUAGGCCGAUGGAGCCUCAAGAGGACGAGGAAGAUACCAUCGAGAGUCAAAUCGAACAGCUUUUGAGCGACGGCAAGAAGUUCAUUGAGGCCGACAACGCCGAAGAGGACCAAAGCAAGUCAUCCGGUCCGAACAACGCUUCGAACAACGCCGAGGACGACGUCUCCCUCGAUUAUCUCGCUCAAAACGCGUAUAUCGUUCGCUUGAUCGCUCCUCAAAUUCAACUCCAAAGCGACAAGAACACAAAAGCGGCUGUUCUCGUAACAGCAAAGGGUAUGCAACUCAAGGUCAUCCAGAUCAUGGACAAGGAUCGUGUCAUGGACGAUGUUUCCGGCCUGGUUCAGCGAAGAUUUACAGCUUCCAUGGACAGUUUACAGAUCUUCGUGACCAACUCGAAAAUCUUCGGUUCUGAAGACAUUCACAUGUAUUCUGGAAGCACGUAUGGAGCACCAGCCGGAACCGCAUGGCCACCAUGGGUGCCUUUCGAGGUCAUGUUCGAUUUUAAGACACAUCCGUACGGCUUUCAGCGUGUGGUAGAACGUACAUCGGCCAGUAUGCGACUUGAUAAGUAUAAUCCAUUGCGUCUGAAGUACAACGAUGACGUCUCUGGUGGUGACUCGGCUUCCAAACGAAAGAGCAUGGAAAGCCGCAUCGAUCAUAUCUGGGUUGACUUCCCCCAUAUCCGUGCUCUAUGCAACUCACGUCAGUACUAUGCAAUGUACAUCAUCGUCAUAGAUCUUUUACUCUACAAUGAGCCGCUGGAAAAGACACGCAACGAAAGGCUUGAGAAGAUCAUGCUUGCAUCUGACUUCAGCAACCUCAGUGGCGCGCCUGAUCUCGUAAUUGGUCUUCAAGAGCGCAUUCGCCAGUUAGAAGAGAUCAAGACCGUGUUUCAGAUCAAUGAGAAGUUUCUGGACAAGAAGGGCUGGAAUGACCGCAUCGAGGUUGAGAAAGAUCUAGCUGUGUUUGAGGAUGAGCUCUUCUUUGUCAUGAAAGCGAUCACGACCGCACAACGAAGAAAUGACGACCGCGCGCAGGCCAAAGAACUGACGGGAACACUGAGAUGGUACAUCACUGCUUCGGAAAUCGUCUGGCAUCUCUUGCAGGAGGGUCAGACGUCGCUUGCCGAGUUCCAAAUCAAGAACGCCCUCUUCGAUCGCACAGACAACAACGAUGGGUCAAACCUGAAUUCGGUUGAGAUUGAACACAUUGUUGGUCUCAAUCUUAUGCCUAACGCUAUCUACCCCAAGAUGAUCUCACCAUAUCUUGAAGCUAGCCGUCCGAGCUCCUCCGAUGGGCAGGACACGAAGAUGCUCAGGGUGCAUUGGGUCAUGCUCGAAGCAAUUGCGGGUAUACCGGUUGUGGACCACUUCGAAAUCAAUCUGUUCCCACUCAAAGUUGCAUUAGAGUGGCAGAUCGGCAAGAAGCUCUUCGAAUAUAUCUUCCCAGGCAUCAAAGAUAAAUCUGGAGAGAACGGCAAUGGCACUUUCUCGCCCCUACUCGUUAAGCACAUGGCUCUAGAGGAUGAUGAAGACGACGAUAGUGGUAGCCUCGCAUCUGCCAAAACACCCAAGAUGGAACUACCCGCCAAUGGCGAGGAUGUCGAAGGCCUGAAGUUACGCCUCACGCCGACUUUACACCUGCCCAGCCACCAGCCUAAGCCAGAGCAACGCUCGUCUAAGACCCGGCCGACCUUGCAUCAUCUUCGUUUGUUCCGCGAGACGCAGUCACGGACUGCUACUGAGAUGCGACGUACGCUCCAUCCCAGCUCAGCCAUGAACCCACUUGGAGGCUCAUCUACCAACGUGCCUCGACCAGGCACUGCCGUUUCGCGCUCAAAUUCUUCUUUCUCUGUAUCGACAGUUGAGUCCGAUCGCACUCCCAGGCGUUUCGCUUUGCAUCGAACCGGCACUAGCGACAAGAAAGCGGUCACCCAAAAACAACGGAACGAUGACCUUACACAGAUGAUGAGCCGCGCAUCUAACUACAUGACUCUUGCAUACGCGCGAAUACCCAGUCUGGUCCUUUGUCUCAGCUACAAGGGUAAAGGCAACCGCAACUUCGAAGAUAUCCACGACCUCGUAUUCAAACUGCCCACGUUGGAGUACCGGAACAAGACUUGCUCAAACCUUGAUCUCGUGCUACAGCUAAAGCGCGAUGUCAUCCGCGCUCUCAUCUCCCAUGCUGGCGCUAUCGUAGGCAACAAGUUCAGCCAUCACCGGCCCUCGAAGCACACACAAUCUCGCCUCCGACAGAUCGCCAACAGCAGUUCGAUCAUGGCCACUUCCCCUGAUCUCUCUGGCACGGAUUCAGCCUCCAUCCGCGACCACUCACCCGGAGAAUCAGACUCCAACGCGAGCGGCGAGCUCCCCGGACGUCGCUCAUUCGCCUCCGGACGCGCGCCCUCAACCUUCUCCGCGCUCUCCGAACAUUCGGAAUCAACCAGCAUACAUUCUUCCCGCAGCAACACACGGCCCGCCACCGAGAACGGUAGCAUCCUCGGCGGUAGCUGGCGCGAUGAUCAGGGAUUGGGCAUCGAGGUGGAGGAUGGACGAACGUUUGCGGAUGAGUUGUUUAGAGUCGAUCAGACGGAGCCGGGCCAUGCGGGGGUAAUUGGCAGUUUGAGUAGGCAUGUUACGCAGUUGACGCCUUUUUCGAGUCAUAGAAUGAAGGAUAGGGAGAGGGAGAGGGAGAGGUUGGGGAGUAGGGGUGGGGAUGGGAGCAGUGUGAAGACGGCGGAGGAUGAUGAUGAUAAUUCGCAUAAGAAAAAGUCGAAGUUGGGAAAGCUGCUUGGGAGGAGUAGCUGA